UUUCCUCUGGCGGCAGCCAUCAGGUAGGGCGGCGGGGUGGUGUUUGUGUGUCUAUCCGUCGCGAAUCGCGCUAGUCUUCAGCCAUCCGACCCCGGCGACCCUACGGCCUCGGAGUUUCUGCCUCGCACGAGCGCCUAGUGAGGAUACGGGGUGGAGAGGGUGAGCCAAGAUGGGUGCAUACAAGUACAUCCAGGAGCUAUGGAGGAAGAAGCAGUCCGACGUGAUGCGCUUUCUUCUGAGGGUCCGCUGUUGGCAAUACCGCCAGCUCUCUGCGCUGCACAGGGCUCCCCGCCCCACCCGGCCUGAUAAAGCUCGAAGACUGGGAUACAAGGCUAAGCAAGGCUAUGUCAUUUACAGGAUUCGUGUCCGCCGUGGUGGUCGUAAACGCCCAGUUCCUAAGGGUGCAACUUACGGCAAGCCUGUCCACCAUGGUGUUAACCAGCUGAAAUUUGCCCGAAGCCUUCAGUCUGUUGCUGAGGAGAGAGCUGGGCGCCAUUGUGGGGCUUUGAGAGUCCUGAAUUCCUACUGGGUUGGUGAAGAUUCCACAUAUAAAUUUUUUGAGGUUAUCCUCAUUGAUCCGUUCCAUAAAGCUAUCAGAAGAAAUCCUGACACCCAGUGGAUCACCAAACCAGUCCACAAACACAGAGAAAUGCGUGGGCUGACAUCUGCUGGCCGAAAGAGCCGUGGCCUUGGAAAGGGCCACAAGUUCCACCACACUAUUGGUGGUUCCCGCCGUGCAGCCUGGAGAAGGCGCAAUACUCUCCAGCUCCACCGUUACCGCUAAUACACGUGAUAUUUGUAAAAUUCAUAUCCAAUAAACAAUUUAGGACAGUCAUUUCUGCUUAAAGGUGUUAUUUGUUAAAACUAGUCUACAGAUUGUCAUGAGUGUUCUGUGAAAAUGUAGAAGUUAAGUGCAAUAAUUGAAAACUGCAGGUGAUGGCAUAUCUUGUUUCUGAUGUACUUUGCAUUAUCUGCUUAUGAGAUUAAGUGUAUAUAGUGUUUGUGCCAAGUGGUGUUCUGUGUGUAAGACCCUGUAAGAGGUAAAAAGUCCUGAAACUGACCCUGGAUGUGUUGGUGCAUGAGAUAGAAUCUACAGCUUUACGAUGGCAUCUUUUGGUUCACUGAAGUGGCUGCUUGGGAGUUUGAUGAGUACAAACUUUAUAGAGUUGGAUUUUGCUUAGAAAUGUGUAGGAAGAGAGGGUUUCAAAACCUGUUUUGUGCAUAGAAAAGUGAGAUCAACUAUAACCCACAUUUUGAGAAUUGAAUCCAGUGUUAUUUUCAGAAGACCAGGUAAAUUUGUUGGAAGAGGUUUCACUUUCUGUUGGAUCUAGAGUAUGGAUUUGGAGAUGAAGGUUGAACAUUGGAUGUAGUAGGGCUUAUUUAGGGCAGAUUAUUUCCAUUAGAUUUGUAAACUUGGUUGUGGUUGCAAGUUAAUAUCAACCAAGCAAAUAUAAGUUUGAUUAAGCUUGCAGACAUUAAGCUUUUCUAGCAGCUGGUGUGUGCAGAGGCAGAUGGCUCUCUGGUUCCAGGACUACCUACAAUAUAGAGAAAUUUUCUCUAUUCCAGUCAAUUCAUCAUGGGUAAGAAUAGUCCAUUUUGGUAGUGUUAUUUCAUCGUUUACAAUCUACCUAUGGGUAGUGGCUGGUAACUGCCUGGAUGUUGACAUUUCACAAAGGCCAUACUUAACCACACUUUUAUUUCUAUUUGUGCGAUGCCUUGGAGUAGUUUCCCAAAGUGAUUUUGAGUGUGGAAGAAAUGGUAUUGUCCCCGAACAGCUGGCUUGGUCUCAAAAUCUAAUUGAUGCUUUUAUUAAAUUGGUUUUCCUUUGGAGAUUUUAAAAGGAUGAUUUGAUUUCCAGAAAAUACUAGACUCAAAAUCUUGAUAGCUAAAAUUCUUUUCUAUUCAGCAAAACAAGUCACUGUAUAGAGGUUGUUCAAAUCAACUAAAGUAAUAAAUGUCUUAAACAAGUGGA